AUGCUCUUAUCUCAUCUAUUUUUAGCUAACCUGAAGCAUGGUGUUCCCUUAAGUUACCGAGUUGAUUCAUGUGACAGUCUCAGAUAUGUAGUAUGCCAAACCCUUGCCAAACCACUCACUGCAGAAGCUAGACGCCGAGUCGAAAGACCAGUCUGGAUGUCCAAUGGCGAAGCAGUUCUGGAUAAAAACGGACUGACAGAACGACAGUUUCCACGACCUGACUGUCUUGAGAAACCUUUCGUGGGUCCUUUAUUGGGCAUUAAUAUCAAUGAAACCGACAGACAAAUUGGGCCAUCGGAAAUCUCAACGGCUUUAGAGCCUUCUAAGGGUCCAGGAGCUACACUUUCAGAAUUAUUCAAGGCCGAUUUAUCAACCACAGCUACAGAGCAAAGAUGUAUUCGGUAA